CAACCCUCGCCAUGGCCCAGAUCCUGGAAACGCCGCUCGACGAGCGCCAAUGGCGCAGCCCCGUCGCCAUCCAGAACCUCAACACCUACUACGGCGGCCUGCACCGCGGCACCAUCCACAUGUACUUUGCCGAGUCGGACUUCUUCGACAAGACGUCCAACAACUGGGCUCUGUUCAUGAGCGGCCAGGAGUGGGUGGGCAACCGCGACGUCUUCGAGACGCGCCUGCGCGCCAUGCAGGGCCUGGAGUACAUGGUUGUGGCCGAGCCGGAGCGCCGCCCCGACGGCUCCGACACGGGCGUCUACGUCGUGCGCAAGCAGCAUCGCCGCAAGCGCCCCGGCCACGACGACGACAUCACCGUCCUGGCCUCGUACUACGUCAUCGGCGAGCACAUCUACCAGGCCGGCUCGCUCGAGGACGUCGUCGGCAGCAAGAUUCUCGCCGCCACUACCUCCCUCUCCAAGUUCUUCGCCAUCGCCUCCUCCCUCCCCAUCUACACCUCCGGCCGCGGCUACUCGUACUUCGCGCCCUCAACGACGCUCAAGCGCGCCGCCACAUCGGCGAACCAAUCGCGGCGGUCCAGCCGCGCCGGCAGCCCCACGCCAGCCGACAUCUCAAUGCUGGACGCAGCCGACAGCACGCAGACGACGGGCAGCGGCGGCGCGGCAGCGCAAAAACAAGGCGGCAAGGCGGCCGCCGGAGCGGCCACCAACGCCGCCGCCGCAGCGACGUCCAUCAAGGCGCUUAGGGCCUCGUUCGACCUCUUCAGCGCGUACGAGGACGAGUAUAUGGACACGAAUCCGCUGGUCGGCGAGCCCGGCGCGUUUACCUUCAGCGCCACGUCGCGGCACGUGCAGCAGAUGCACGCGAAAACGCAGGCGGACGCGGCGGCGGCGGCAGCGGCUGCAGCAGCGGGAGCGGGAGCGGGGGCGGGGGCAGGAGCGAGCGGCGGGGCGGGUAUAGGCACGGUUGCUGCUGCAGGAGCGGGUGUAGGACUGGGCAAGGCACCCGACCCUGCCCGCCCUGACUCAAAACCCGCUACCCCAGCCACGUCGCCCACUCUGGAGCCGGCGAAGCGGCCGCGCAUCAAGAAGAGCAAGAGUCGCGCGCCGACGGCGCCGGCAAGCCCGGCUACGCCUGCAGGGGGGACGCCGGGGCCGGGGCUGGGUGGGGGGAGGUAGUUGGGGAGGGUGCUGAAGGGCGCGUUUGGUCGGGUGGGGUGGUACGUGGCGUGUGUGAGGAUAUUUGACGGAGUUUGCGCAAAAUUUGCGGAGGGGAGGGGCGGGAUGCAGGAAUGCAGACUGCAUGGCGCGGUGCUUGAGUAGGCGGUGUACGCCUUGUAUGCGGUGUAUGUGGUGUGGUGUGGUGUGUUGUAGUUUUACGUGUGCGUGGUUUGUUGGGCGGUUGGGCGGUUGGGUGUGUGGUGGUAGGUAGCCAAGUAAGUGCGUGCGUGCGUGCGUGCGUGAGUAAGCGGCAGAGCAAUAUGAUACCCCGAGCGGCUGACCUGAACGUUUUCUGUCCUUUUGUCU